UUGGUAAUUGAACAAAUCUGAAUUGAUGAUUUUUACUUUUAUUUGAUCCUCAAAAGUAAUGUCUCUCUGUUCUUUCUCUGAUACUCUAUGUCGCACCCCUUCCCAUAUCUUUUAAUUUUAUAAAAUGUCGUUUUAGUCAUGUGCAAAGUCACGUUAUCAGAUUAUGAUGCUACCAUACUUAGAAUGGCAGCCAAAAUAUAAAAGGCAGCCAAAAUCUAAAAAAAAGGCAGCCAACACUUUAAUUAAACCAAACAACAAGAUUAAUAUCAUCAAUCAAUCAACAAUAGAGGGUGAAUCAAGUGGAAAUGGAGAAAAUGAAAAGAAGCUCCAAGAAGAGAGGUUUGAAGAUGGGAAUGAAGUCCAUAUCACCAAAAACUCCAUCAUCACUUAUUCAACCUACCAACACUUUACAAGAGGAAAAUAAACAGAUAAAUUUAACUGAUUCCAACAAUAAAGAUAAUGUUGACAUCCAACUCUCAUCAAAUGGUGCUUCUGAUGAUAAAGUUAAGGAAUCCUUAGUCAAUGGUCAAAUCUCACCAUCAAGUAUCCCACUUGGAAGGGAUAUAUAUUUAGUAGGACUGGUUUACGUUAUUCACUUCAUUGUCCUUAUGCUUGCAGCUGAUGGAUUCAUCAAAGCAAAUGUAUGUUUAUGGGUGAUACUCUUUUUAAUAGAGUUGCCCUUAAUCAUUAUUGCAUCACACUUUCUUCAAUGGUUAGAUUCAAGAGGAGGUUUAGAAGAGUGUAUUUUAGAAAUGAGUUCCAACUCAAUGCUUGGUGACUUUGUCAUCUACAUAUAUACUUGUAUUAUCACUCCAAUAAUGCUUACCGGUUUAUUUGAUACUAUUUUCCAUUGUAUUUUCCCUUCAUUUCCUAAAAAGUCAAGCUACAUAUAUCAAGGAAUUUUAUUAAUUAGAGCAAUAAUUGUUCUGGGCAGUUCAAGCUUAAGAGCCUUUUUCUUGGGUACAAUAUAGUUUCCCUCUAAUCGAGGAAAACAAAUCUAGUGGUUAGGUAUUUUGAUUCUACUGUAGUUAGUUCACUUCACCUCUGAUCACAGAUUAUUUUUAGUACUUUUUAAGUAUUUCUACAUUUCCGUCCAGAGAAAUGGUUGUGGUUCUUCAUAUUAUUACUUUCUAAUAAAUAAUACUUAAUGUUUAAAAUUAUAGCUUUGAAUAAUUCUAGAUGAGAAGUUCAUAUUAAAUUUGGUGUUUAUUAAGAGUUGAAAAUAUUUUAGGGUGUC